AUGAGGAUACUGUUACAUCCAAUUGCAAGAACAAGCAAACGCUUUAUUCACUUCAAGCAUGACCCUUUGAAUAUUGCCUUCUUUGGAAGUGGAGACUUCAGUGUGUCCAGCUUGGGCAAGAUACUUGAAUUGCAAAAACGAUGUCCUGAAAAAAUAUCCAGUGUCAAAGUCAUAACUAGAAGCUUGAAACCCAGUGGGAGGUAUUUAAAGACUCUUGCUGAACUUCCAAUCAGCGAAUUUGCAAAGAGCCACGAUAUUCCUAUUUUGAGAGCUGAUACAUCCAAUGAAAUUAUUGAUUUGACACAGAGAAACAACUUUAACUUGACGAUAGCUGUUUCGUACGGUAAAUUGAUCCCAGCUGAAUUCUUGAACAAGUGUGCGUAUGGAGGGUUGAAUGUCCAUCCUUCACUAUUGCCGAAAUAUUCAGGCUCGUCUCCUAUACAAUAUGCCUUGCUCAAUGAUGACAAGACGACUGGAGUUACAGUGCAAUCACUACAUCCAACAAAGUUUGACCAUGGAAGGAUCAUUGCUCAAUCUGAUGAGUUGGAGGUAAAAAAUGAUGAUGAUUUCGAUACUCUAUCCAAGAGGCUAGCACAAGAAGGGGGUCAACUUUUACUGGAUGUUAUUGAAAAGGGACUUUUCCUCACCACAAGCCGCCUACCGAACAUCUAUGAAAGAUCACUAGCACCUAAAAUUGAUAAGUCUAAAAGUCAAGCACUAUGGAAAGAUUACAACGCUAGACAGAUUAAAAGAUUAAAUGAUGCCAUAGGACCAGUGUACACAUUUAUAAAUACACGUACAAAGAAAAAAGGUCAGUUUGUUGACGAGAAGAAGAGAGUCAUAUUGAGUGAAGUGACAGAGCUAAAGGAUCAACAUAACAUGCCACAAUUGAGACAUCCUGGUGAUUUCAGCCUCAUAAAAGAAGGGUUGUGCAUUAAAUGCAAAACCGGGUACGUUGUUACUCGGAAGAUCAAAUUACAAACAAGAGGUGAUGAAUCUCCAGAGAAAUUCAUUGGCUCUUAUCACAAAACAGUGGGUGAUGCGCCACCACUAUUUAUAGACUAA